UUCAUUGAAGGCAGGAUCCCACCAGAAUUUGGAGCAAUGACAAACAUGGAGACAUUUGUUCUUUCAGGCAAUAAAUUGACAGGGACACUUCCCACCUCUUUAGGCGAUUGGUCCAAUCUACGCAUGCUCAAUCUCAACGGCAAUCGUUUCACAGGAACCAUCCCGAGGGCCUACAGCUUUCGAAGUCUCACAUCGCUGGACUUGGGCGAUAAUUUGCUUUAUGGUGAUGUUCCCGCAUCGCUUUUCAGCACCUCUAGUAAACUUGUAAAGCUCGUUCUGGCCAAGAAUAGUCUCCGGGGCACAUUCCCUGCUUCGCUUGGCGAGUUGUCAAGCCUAGAGACCUUGCAGGCGGCCGACAAUGAGUGGAAUCAAUUUCCCCUUGAAGUUACGCUAUUGUCUAGCUUGGUACAGCUAGAUUUGAGUGGAAAUGUAUUUGGUGGCUUGCUACCGCCACAAAUAGGGAAUCUCUCCAGUCUCCGUGAACUCUUCUUGAACGGCUGCAACUUUUCCGGUGGCAUCCCGCCGGAGUUGUCGAAUUUGACCAAUCUUGAACGCAUUUUGGAUUUGUCCGAUAAUUCGUUGCUCGGUACUAUUCCUUCUUCUCUCGGUAAUCUCGUCAAUCUUCGGCGACUAUUUCUACAGAACAACAAACUGUCGGGUGGUGUUCCGUCAACGUUUGCGAGCAUGACCAAUAUCAAAUCGAUUCGGUUGGAAAGUAACAGCUUGACCGGCACCGUGCCC